GAUGAGAGCUUUGAGUCGUGAGAAACAACAUGGCAGAUUUACAAGAGAGGAAGCUUAAAGAUGCUCAGAUGCGAGCAACCAUCAACCAAAAGCUUGUGGAGACAGGAGAAAGAGAAAGGCUGAAAGAAUUGCUAAGAACUCGUCUUAUUGAGUGUGGUUGGAGAGAUCAGCUUAAAACACAUUGCAAAGAAAUUGUACAAAACAAAGGACUCGAACACAUUACAGUGGAUGAUCUGGUAGCCGAAAUCACGCCAAAAGGUCGAGCCCUUGUUCCAGACAACGUGAAAAAAGAACUUUUACAACGAAUUCGGACCUUUUUGGCACAACAGUCAAACAUCUGAUUGCACACUGAUUCGUAAAUACUCUUGGGCAAGCCAAAACUAAGCAGCUACCUUUGACAAUGCAAUACAACAAAGCAUUCCUUUUCCACUGCUGGUUCUCUGACAUUAUGGUUAAUGCUGUCCUGAUGUGUUUUCAGAUAGUUUGUCUUUUAAAGCAAAUGCUUUGAAGAAUGUCUAAAAAUUGGGGGGGGGGAUUAUUUUUUGCAUGAUUAGAAUUUGUCUUGACAAAGAAUCGUAUUUUGCUUUAGAAAAAAUUUUAAAAAAAUUUUUCUGAGUGAAAACUUUGAUGAGAAUUAUUACUGUUAAGUAAAAUUAGGCUUGUCAUUAAAGAACUCAAAUUGCAGGCUUGGGCUAACUUUUAAUGUAUCUGUCUAUACCUUUCAUUUAAACUGCUGAAUUAAUUGAUUGGAAAUGAAAAAAUCGGUUUCUUUUGUUUUGAAGGAUAGUUUACAAAACAAAAUAUUUGCACCCUAUGUAGACAUUUGCAGCAAACAGAAUGUUGACGGUGGAAUUUGUUGGAAGUGGGUUUUGUUGGUUUAUUCAUUAUUUUCAACAUCUACUUGCUUUAGUUAUGGAGUGCAGUUGAAGCGAGUGUUUCUUUGGUUUUUCCCCCCCAAAUAUAUUUUCCUGUGUAUUUUUAAGAGACAGUGACACAUUCUUUCAAGUCUUUGACAUGACACUGUUUCUUUUCUUGUGUGUACCAAAAUAUUGAUUAGAACCUGAGAUGUUCUCUUUAGAGUGGAUACAGUGGUCAGUGAUAAAUAGGUAACUGAUAAGAAAUGCUGUCUUAGCUGUAUAUACUAGCAGUGUGAAGUCUACCAUUGCCAGUUCACAAAUGUUUAGUCAUGUCUUCUGUAUUUCCUCAUACCAGUCACUUGUGACAGCCUCAGGUCAGAAAAUGGCUCAAAUAUAAAGGUCUGAUUACAAGUUUAAUCUCUUCUAAAUACACUUUUAGUUGUCUUUAGGUUAAAAGGAGGGAGGGGUUAUUUGCGCUUGUUAAUGGAAGAAAAACUGAUAUAUUUCAGGAAAAGCCAUGCAAUAUUCACUGAUUGAGAAUGUGACAUAUUGUCAUUUUGUCCAGAAAACACCACAAUGGCAAUUUGGUGCAACUUGUGUAAAUGUCAUGCGAGAAUUUUCAUGGUUACUUCCACUGUUUUUACCACAGUAUUAGUUUUUCAUAUACAUGUCAGGGGAUAUUAUUUUUGAGUUCUUUUGUAUAGCCAGUACACUUUGUCUUAAAUGUCUAACAUUAAAGCUUCCUUAGUAAGUAGACACUUUUCAUAUUUUGGCUUGUAGAUAUGUCUAAUCAUGUCCUUUUGGGUUUUUUCCUUUUCUUUUUUGAGGGGGGUUCAUUUUUAUGUUGCUUACGACUGAUGACUGCUUGAUUAUAUGUGGUAUUGAAUUAUUCUCCUGCAGUUUGUUGUUGACAGUUUCAAAAGCAUAUUUUAAAUAAUGCAGACUAAAUCUGAGCAUUGUGUUUACUGUUAGUCUAUAGUCAGAAAAACGAGUGUUUGCACUAAGAACACUUUAAAAAAAUUGCAAAUAAAUAGACCUCCUGUGUCACAUUA